UGUUUCCUAGAAAUGAAUUGGAAUAAAAAUUGAAAAGGAUUUUGAGUAGUGAUAAGGGGAAAGCAUCCAUGGCCUCGUCUUCGAGCUCUGCUCUGGUCUCUUCCUUUCUCUGCAACAACCACUCUCGCUCUAUCCCUCGCCGUUACUUGUCUCUCUCUCCUUCGCCUUCGUCAUCUCCAUCUCCAUCGCCGAAUGUAAGACGAAGGAAGUCCUCUCUCUCUUCCAACAACACCAUCACCGCCAUUCUUACUCCCAAACAAGCUCAGAAGAGCGCGUUUCAGUACAAGAAGCUCGGCGACUCCGACCUUCUCAUCAGUGAAAUCACUUUAGGAACUAUGACAUUUGGGGAACAGAAUACAGAGAAAGAGGCUCAUGAAAUGCUUAGUUAUGCAUUUGAGAAUGGAAUUAACGCUUUGGACACUUCAGAGGCUUAUCCAAUUCCAAUGAAGAAAGAAACACAAGGAAGUACAGAUCGGUAUAUAGGUAGCUGGCUGAAGUCUCAACCUCGUGAUAAGGUUAUUUUGGCUACGAAAGUUUGUGGAUAUUCUGAGCGAUCAAGUUAUAUGCGUGACAAUGCAAAGAUUUUGCGGGUUGAUGCUGCUAAUAUUAAAGAAAGUGUAGAGAAAAGCCUUAAGCGUCUCAACACUGAUUACAUUGAUCUGUUGCAAAUACAUUGGCCGGACCGGUAUGUGGCAUUGUUUGGUGAAUUUUUUUAUGAUCCUUCAAAAUGGAGGCCAAGUGUACCAUUUGUAGAGCAGCUCAGGGCCCUUAAGGAACUCAUUGAUGAAGGAAAGGUACGCUACAUUGGUGUUUCUAAUGAAACUUCAUAUGGGGUGAUGGAAUUUGUUCACGCUGCAAAAGCUGAAGGAUUGCCAAAGAUUGUCAGCAUCCAAAACAGCUACAGUCUGUUAGUUAGAUGUAAAUUUGAAGUCGAUCUUGUUGAGGUGUGCCACCCAAACAAUUGCAAUAUUGGAUUGCUAGCUUAUUCCCCAUUGGGUGGUGGAUCACUGUCAGGAAAGUACAUAGAUAUUGAUUCUGAAGCUGCAAAAAGAGGAAGGCUUAACCUUUUCCCUGGCUACAUGGAAAGAUAUAACAGAUCUAUUGCCAAGGAAGCAACAAUAAAAUAUAUUGAAGUAGCCAAGAAACAUGGACUAACUCUGGUUGAGUUAGCACUCGGAUUUGCACGAGACCGUCCGUUUAUGACGAGUUUAAUCAUUGGUGCGACAUCGGUCAUCCAAUUAAAAGAGGACAUCGAUGCUGUUUUGACGACGGAGCGGCCUUUUCCACCUGAAGUCAUGGCAGAUGUAGAGACUGUUUUCAAGAGAUACAAAGAUCCAGCAAUCCUUUAGGAAUUAAAGAACAACAUGCAUUCUUUUUUUUUUCCCCUUCAAUUCUAUACAAAAUUUGUAUCAGGAUGAUAACCAAUAUGAGAUUUGUACUUGCUGCAUCCUGAAAAUAGACGAUUGAUCUCUCAUCGUCGACCUGCCCAUAUUCAAAAAUAGGUAAUGUCAUACAAACAAGAACCGUAUAUAGAAUGAUGUAGUUGAGUAAUGGGCUUGUCACAAUUUAUUGAAAUGUGUAUUGAUUAUAAAAACUGUUACCAUCACUUCAUUAUGGUAAAAGAUUAUCAUUUUCCUUUGAAAACA